AUGCAUUCGGUGCCUUCCAACGACCUUCUUCUCAGCGCGCGUCCGCACGUCAGCUCCUUCUAUGGCGGCUCGUCUUUUCAUCGCCUGAAACAUCUUCAGAAAAGCGAUCGGCGUGCGUUGUCAGCUGUUGGAUCUACGAGUUCUUUUCGUUGGGAUAUUGUCUCAAGCAUAUUGUUUGUUGCGAGGGCGCUUGGAUCAAUUAAGAUGGAAGUGUCUGUUCCUGGUAAUACAUCACAUUACCUGGAUAGUUGCUGUGGGUCUUUAACUGCUUAUCCACACGAUCUAAUCCAUAACGACUCGGAAAAUCUAUCUAUGAGUGACCUCAAAACGUGUUUGACCGAGCUUUCGAACAUUGAGGAGACCAGAAUAUCAACCAGUGGCUGUCAUCUUUCUCCUGAGAAGAAUUGUAUCCGAAAUGUGGGAAGAGAAUCUGAUUGCGAAGACUUGAGCAAGAGUGUCUUUGGCAGUUUGUCAGCUGGAAAAUGCAUAAGCAAAUGCGCCACAUUUCCGCCUGUUCAUGAACCGAAAUCUACUGGAGAUGUUACAGUGGGUGAGAAAGGAAAGCACGUGGGAGAUACAACUGUUGAAGCCUCUGAUGGAAACGGCUCUGCAAAACCUGCAUGCUAUGCACGAUCCACAUCCUUGCCUUCGAAUGACUGGGGACUACUACCUCCUCGCUGGGAAAACACAACAUUCUUGCUUUUUGCUCCCCACUUGGAGGUACCUCUGAAGCUCGUAUCAUCUCUAAAAGGAAGCCGCGAAAAACGAGAGGGCACAUCACCCAAGAAUCUAUCCGUAACGUGGGCUCCCGACGUGUAUGACCCAAUCCCUACUUCAGUCUCACACGUCCCGACUGAUAAAAACCAACGUUACCGUAACAGUAGCAAAAAGUCGGGAAAGUACAAGCAGAGGAGCAGCGGCAAAUCCUCACGAGGCGGCAGGAGCAAGGACAACAAGAAGCAAACCACCCGGAAGAGUAGUUCCGGAAGCACCAGCAAAAGUAGUAGUAAUGGUAAGCUGAAACAGCCUUUUCAUAUGGGGGGUGGAGGAGUUGUUUUGGGCGGUUUGGAUUAUAAUGUCGGGGGCCCGGACCCGUUUUGUGGGAGUAGUUUUUCUGAAGGAGUCGGUCACCAAGUUGCAUUUUCCUGUUGCUGAGGCUACCUGUUGAUGGGUGGCUUUUUUGGUUUUUUCUUCUUUUGUUGUGUGUGUGUGUAUUCCCCAGUGUGAAUAAAUAAUUUGGGGUGUUGGAUGUUUGAACUUUGAUUGGGAGCUUAUGACUGUGAUGCGUAUUUUUAGUCGGACAUGUGCUGGGUUGGAUAUUGUUGUUUCUCUUUUCUCUUAUGUUCUUGUUAUUACUUGGUAAUGCUGCUGUAUGAUUUAAUCUGCUAUGGUGCUUCAACUGUUUGGUAUUUGUCAUUAUUGCUUGGAAUCGGUUUAUGUGGCAAUGUAUAGGGGUGCAAAUUGUGUUAUCGUAUCAUGUAAGUCAAUAUUUAAGUAAGUUUUUAUUUUUUAUUUUAAAUGUCGUGUGUUCAUCAUGUCACUAGUAAAUAUCUUGUGCACAUGCACAUAUGUACAUAAAAUAUUAUAAGUAAUAUUUGAGAAUUUAAUAUUAAAAUUUUAGAUAAUGAACGUAUUACAUUUUUAAAAUUUAAUCAUUAAGAAAAUUAAGAAAAAUAAAUUAA